UCCAUCCUUCACAAAUCACGUCCGCGACGGAUUUGUGACUAGUAGCCUACUCGCGCGACCAAACUCUGGCGAUCACGCGACAAGGCGACCAAAUUCGCGUUUAGUGUAAACGCAGAGUGUUCGUUCGCCCUAAUCUCGGACCAAGCAGUCCUACUAUUUUAUAGCAGAAUUUAUGGUUUCAUAUUGGACAACUUUUUUUUGUUUGUUUAACUUUAUUACGAUUUUUUUCUUAGGCGUAUGGUUAGGCUACAUCUUAAACGUGUCCUUUAUUUAAUGUAUAAAGCAAGAUAACAUUAGCAUAUCGAUUAUCUUACAUGUGGCGUAGUUGAAGUGACCAACAAUUAAGAAAAAUGGCGCCUGGUGUGAGCCAGCUGAGCAGGGAUAGCGCUGCCGCCGAUGACUGAAGCCCCGCGACGAGCGAGAUGCAGCGGCCACAACAUCCACAACACCGCGGCACCCCAAGUCCCACAUCUCAGCGGGGCUAAAAGCCAUGUGAUGGCUAUCCGCGGACGGUCUGCGGCGGAGGUUUCCAAAGAGCAAGGCAAAUCGAUGUCAGGGGACAUGCUCACGUUUAUUUGUUUUUGACCUUCUCAUCAUCACCAGCAUAAGAUGUCAUCGCUUAGAAAGGUGUUGCCAUGGUUACUACAGACUCAAUGCUGUAUAUUUUUUGAGAAGGACUCAGACCAGAAGAUUCCCCCUUGGUCCCCAUCUCAACACUUUGAUGAAGGCAGACGCCUCGCUGCAGCCAGGAACAUGAAGGGCUUAUCGGGCAGCCGCUCUCACCACCAGAUCCCUUCGCCGCACGCCCUGGACUACGACCCCCACCCCCACGACUUCCACUCCCACCAUGGCGCCGAGUCCCGCCACCAGUCCUACCUGCUCAGCCCCACCGAGAGCUGCCCCAUGGACUUCCACCACCGCUACUCGCCGCGCAGCUCCAUCCACUCCGACUGCAUGAUGGUGACCCCGGUCAUGAUGCCGCCGGCCGCCUCCUCCGACCACGUCUCCAGCAGCACCUUCCCCCGGAUGCACUACAGCAGCCAGUACUACGACCCCGCCGGCCGCGAGGACUGCGCCGCCGCCAACGCCGCCUCAUCCGCGCAUCACGCCAGCGCCAAGAGCAACCGCCUCCCCGCCAACCUGCUGGACCAGUUUGAGAAACAGAUGCCCCUGCACCGGGGCGACGGCUUCCACACGCUGCAGUACCAGCGCACGUCCACCACCACCACCACCGCCACCGAGCAGCGCAGCGAGAGCCCCGGACGCAUCCGCCACCUGGUGCACUCGGUGCAGAAGCUCUUCACCAAGUCCCACUCGCUGGAGGGCUCGUCCAAGAUGAACGGCUCCAAGGGCGAGGCGGGCGGGGGGAGCUACCACCAGCACCAGCACCACCCGCAACACCCCCACCACAGCAAGAGGAGCAAGAGCAAAGAGAGGAAGCAGCAGCAGCAGCAGCGGUCGGGCGGCUGGUGGAGCUCCGACGACAACCUGGACAGCGACAGCACGUACCGGCCGCCGAGCGUCAUGUCGCGGCACCACCACCAGGGGGAGCACUACCACCACGCCCCGGUGGGCCACUGCUACUCGGACGUGACGCAGGGCCACCACUCCUCGCACCACUACGGCGACCUGUCGCUCAAGACGUCGCGGAGCAACAACGACGUCAAGUGCUCGGCGUGCGAGCACCUGGCCAUGGCGCCCGAGGGGAAGUUCAUGAAGAGGAGCUCCUGGUCCACGCUGACCGUCAGCCAGGCCAAGGAGGCGUACAGGAAGUCGAGUCUGAACCUGGACAAGCCCAUGAUGCACACCGACCUGAAGCCAUCUUCGCGUCCCUGUCACUAUCUGCAGGUGCCCCAGGACGAGUGGAGCGGUUACCCCGGGGAUAAGGACGAGGAGAUCCCCUGUCGCAGGAUGCGCAGCAGCAGCUACGUCAAGGCCAUGGGCGAGGUGGACGACGACAGCGGCGACUCGGACGCCAGCCCCAAGACCUCCCCGCAGAGGGCCGUGCGGCCCGACGCCCUGGUGCUCAAGUCAGCCAUGCAGAGAGUCCACAUAGACCCCCACAGCUACCACUUACAGACCACCAGAGACAUGCGGCCACACACCAGCGUGACUCUGGACCCCAGCAGCUUCCACCCGCCGCCCUUCCGCUCGCGCAACCAGAGCUACAUGCGCGCUGUCAGCACCCUCAGUCAGGCUAGCUGCGUCAGCCAGGUGAGUGAGACUGAGGUCAAUGGCCAGUUUGAGUCAGUUUGCGAGUCCGUUUUUAGUGAAGUAGAAUCCCAGGCCAUGGAGGCCUUGGACCUGCCUGGCUCAUUCCGCACUCGAAGCCACAGUUACCUCCGUGCAAUUCAGGCCGGUUAUUCCCAAGACGACGACUGCUUGCCUUCAAUGACAUCCUCCACUGUCACUUCAACUCUCAGAUCCACAACAGCUGUGUCCUUCCCCUCAGGCCACACCAAGAAGACCCCGCCUCCCGUGCCUCCCCGCGUCACCCCCGCCACCCCCACCUCCACCACCCCCACCACCACCACCACCAAGCCUCUUAUCUCUGUGACAGCCCAGAGCAGCACAGAGUCCACGCAGGACGCCUACCUGGAGGGCCGCCCCCCGCGGGCCAGCGGGGCGGGGCUGUGGACCACCGACAGCCUGGGCCGCGCCAUCUACAACUCCACCGACAGCCUGGACAGCGGCAAGGCGGCCACCAUGGCCAUGGAGGCGGCGUCGGCCGCCUCCAUGGGCGGCAAGCGGCACGCCUCGCUGGGCGGCAGCCACACCUCGGUGCAGACCUGUGACAAGGCCGUGCUGGUGUCCAAGGCCGAGGAGUACCUCAAGACGCCGCGCUCCUCCAUCGGCAUCCAGGUGGAGUCUGCCACGGACUCUGAGUGUGAGAGCAAAGGUCUUCCCCAGUUCCAUUCCAUAGGCAUCCAGGUGGAAGACAACAAACGGCACGGGCGCUUCAAGCGCUCCAACAGCGUGACGGCAGCGGUGCAGGCCGACAUGGAGCUGGAGGGCUUCCCCUCCAUGGAGGACAAGGGCCUGCAGUUCGGGGGGAUGGGCGCCGGCGGCGGCUUCGGCCGCCACUCGGAGCCCAGCACGCCCACCGCGUACGGGGCGGUGCGCACGGUGCGCACCCAGGGGCUGUUCAGCUACCGCGAGGACUACCGGCCCUCCAGCAGCGGGCCCCCCAGCCCCCAGCCCGACCCCUGGCUGUCGGAGCCCAGCCUGGAGGGGGCCGACGGCUCCCCGAGGGCCCGGGACGGGGGCUGGUUCAUGCAGCUGCUGCACGCCGAGAGCAAGCGGAUGGAGGGGUGGUGCAAGGAGAUGGAGCGCGAGGCGGAGGAGCACGACCUGUCCGAGGAGAUCCUGGGUAGGAUCCGGAGUGCGGUGGGCAGUGCUCAGCUGCUGAUGUCCCAGAAGUUCCAACAGUUCUACUGGCUCUGUCAGCAGAACAUGGACCCCGGUGCCAUGCCCAGACCCACCUCUCAGGACCUGGCUGGAUUCUGGGACCUCCUGCAGCUCUCCAUCGACGACGUCACUGCCAAGUUUGAUGAGCUGCAGCAGAUCAAGAGUAACCAGUGGCAACCGGUGGAGAGCCCCGAGAAGAAGGAGCGCAAGUGGCCGCCGCCGUCGUUGCCGAAGAGGCCGGCGAAGGGACGCGGCGGCGUGACGCGGGAGCGCUCCCUGGACCUCCAGGACCGCCAGCGGCAGGAGGCCCGGCGGCGGCUGCUGGCCGCCAAGCGGGCCGCCUCCUUCAGGCAGAACUCGGCCACGGAGCGGGCGGACAGCAUCGAGAUCUACAUCCCCGAGGCCCAGACCCGCCUCUGA